CUCUUUCCUGAGGUCUUUUUAUGCCGCCGAGCCGUCCCCUUCCUCUUCCUCCUCAUCAGAUUGUUUCCGCCGCCGACGCGCCGAUCUCCUCCUUCCAGUUCCAGGCUAAGCCAUGGCGAGCAAGAACCCCAAGGUGUUCUUCGACAUCCUCAUCGGCAAGGCCAGGGCCGGCCGCGUCGUCAUGGAGCUCUUCGCCGACACCGUCCCCAAGACGGCCGAGAACUUUCGCUGCCUCUGCACCGGCGAGAAGGGCCUCGGCGCCUCCGGCAAGCCGCUGCAUUACAAGGGUUCUGCCUUCCACCGUAUCAUACCCAACUUCAUGUGCCAGGGCGGCGACUUCACCCGCGGCAACGGCACCGGCGGCGAGUCCAUCUACGGCGACAGGUUUGCCGACGAGAACUUCAAGCUGCGCCACACCGGCCCAGGCGUGCUCUCCAUGGCCAACGCAGGGCCAAACACCAACGGCUCCCAAUUCUUCAUCUGCACCACGCGUACCACCUGGCUCGACGGCAAGCACGUCGUUUUCGGCAAGGUCGUCGACGGAUACACCGUCGUCGAGAAGAUGGAGCAAGUCGGCUCCGGCUCUGGCGGCACGGCCGAGCGCGUCCUCAUCGAGGACUGCGGCCAGCUCGCCGACGACCACGCCAACUGAUUAUAUUAGAUUACUUACUUACUAGAGUAUAUUUUCUUCCUUUUACAAGGAAUUUUGUGACAUUGUUCCGUUCUUCUUCUUGUAUCAAUAACAAUCCAAUGUUAGAAAACAUUUAUUUAUAACUAUGCUCUUAGCCCUCAAUGUUAUAUAGCUAUUGCCUUGCUCUGAAA